CGCUAGCAGCCACCGGCCACCGCUUCUGACCUGUCGGCUCAUUACUAUAUUAAUAUAUUUAUUUAUUUUUAUUGCGUCAAAUAAAUCGACGACCUCAAAAAUAAAUUAAUUAUUAUAAUACAAAAAAGAACUCCGCAAAUAUUUGUUUACAUUUUUCUCCUCAGAAAUAAAACAAAACCCCUCAGACAAAUCCCUAUUCGUUGUACAUUUCACUCCAUUUCAAGAACGAGCAACAGAUUUCACCCUAAAUUGGCUGGAUUCUGGAAUCCAGACUGUUCGAUCGAUUCAUUGCUUGUUAAUUGGUUGAUUUGGUGAGUUACUUGAUCGAUUAUUGGGAUCGAUCGGGCGAUUACCGAGUUUUGAUCGAUUGACAAGUGAGAAAAGGGGAAUUCGGGAGAAUGGAGCAGAGCAGGAGGGCGGUGGAGUCCUAUUGGAGGUCGAAGAUGGUAGAGGGUGCGACGUCGGAUGAAGAUAAGGUUACUCCGGUGUACAAGUUGGAAGAAAUUUGCGAUUUGCUGAGGUCGUCGCACUCCUCGAUUGUUAAGGAAGUAUCUGAAUUUAUCCUCAAGCGCCUCGACCACAAAUCGCCUAUUGUUAAGCAAAAGGCAUUGAGAGUCAUCAAAUAUGCAGUAGGAAAGUCAGGUGCAGAGUUCAGAAGGGAGAUGCAGAGGAAUUCAGUUGCUGUACGUCAAUUAAUACACUACAAGGGUCAGCCAGAUCCUUUGAAGGGUGAUGCAUUGAACAAGGCUGUGCGAGAAACUGCACAGGAAACGCUAUCUGCUUUAUUUUCAUCAGAUGAGAGCAAAGCUGCACCUACUGAAAGUAGCCUUGGCAGCCGUAUCCAAGGAUUUGGGAAUACCAACUAUGAAAUGCCAUCAGAAGAUAAAAAGUCCUUCAUCAGUGGGGUUGUUGAUAUUGGAACUGCCACAAUCAAACAGGGACUUACCAGUUUGACACAAUCCCCGUCCCUGAGGAAAAAUAAUGACACCGGGAGUUACAAAAGCCCAAAUCUUCGGCGGUCAUUGACUAGGGAAAGUGAUUACUCUGACCGAUAUGAAGGAAUUGGUUCUCAUGCUGAAACUCAGAACUCUUCUCGAUUCUCGAAAAAUGCAGGCUCUGGAAAUUGGGGUCAAGAUAUUAGUGCUUCUGAGGCAGAAACAAGUAGCAGAGACUCUGGUCCAACUUACAGUCAGAAGACUCGUGAGGAGAAAUUGUUAGAGACCAUUGUAACAUCUGGUGGCGUCCGUUUACAGCCUACUCGAGAUGCACUUAAUGUCUUCAUGGCAGAGGCCUCAAAAUUAAACGGUUUGUCAUUAGGGCAUGCCAUUGAAACAAAACUGAAAUCCCCCAUGUGGCAGGUUCGCAUGAAAGCCAUCUGCGUCCUUGAGGCAGUAUUGAGGAAGAAAGACGAUGAGCAAUUUUCUGUUAUAUCAUCAUAUUUUAGUGACAACAGGGAUGUGGUGGUCCAAUGCUCUGAAUCUCCACAAGCAUCUUUGAGGGAGAAAGCGAAUAAGGUGUUGAGCCUUCUGGGUGGCGAACAGAGUGGUGGAGGAAUAAACCACGUAGAAAAACCAGUGAAAACGCCCCAGCCUUCAAUUAUGCCAGACUUGAUAGACACUGGUGAUUCAGAUGAUCUUCUUGGAGUAGAAGAUUCAAAAAAAGCAGAGAGUGAAUCAAGAAUUACAAAUGCUGCAACUUCGACAGCUCCGCUGAUUGAUGACUUGUUUGGGGACAGUUUUGGUGGUGGUGAGAGCACCAACAGGCAGAAUCUUGAUGAUGACCCUUUUGCGGAUGUCUCCUUCCUCACCAGUCAGGAUAAAGAACAUGCUGUUGAUCUCUUUUCUGGUAUGGCUGUUGAUAAGUCGGUUAGUAGCAAAGCUCAUGUGGCGGCUCCCAAAAAUGAAACUGAACCAUUUGACUUCUUCAACUCGAGUUCUGAGGUCACUCAGGAGCAUGGGAAUCCCAGAAAAGAUGUUAAUGACUUGAUGAGUAGUUUGUCUAUAAAUGGAAGCGAUCCAUUUAAUAAGCAAGAUGGAAGCACUCUUGAGAAGGGCUCAGAACAUGUGGAUUCGAUAUCCAGUGUCAACCCUGAUAAUAAAAUUCCUAAUAGUGUCUUGAAUGGUGAAUUUACUUCUCAAGCUGCUGGGAUGAAUGCAAAUCCCAUGUUUCCUUUGGGUGCUAUGGGAUAUAAUUUUCCACCUGGCUUGAUGUUCAAUCCAGGAUUUGCCUCUCACCCGUAUGGUGCCAUGGGGAGUCUCCUUGCUCAGCAGCAGCUCCUUGCUACAAUUUCCAACUUUCAGCAACAAGGAAAUCUGCAAACAAGUACAAGUUUUAAUGCUGCAGGAUCUAAUGGACUAAAUUCUUCACCCUUCCCAGAUAUUUUUAAUCCUGGCAUGGCUGCACAGCCUCCCACUUCACUGAUGAGUGAUUCAAAGAGAGAGGAAACAAAAGCAUUUGAUUUUAUCUCGGAUCACCUGGCUGCAGCCCGUGACACAAAGCGUGUGAUUUGAGUAUAUAGUUCUUCCUCAUUCAUCAUUUCAUCUGAGAAUCACUUUUGUGAAGCCUGAAUCUUGAAUGGAAAAGAUAAUAUUGUUUCUUUCGAAGUAAUGCUGUAUCUGCGUAAGAUAAAGGACAAAGGUUCCUUAGAAACUGUAACUUUUUUAGUAAAAAGCAGGUGAACACACGAUUUGAAGAAUAUAGUAGCUGAAAGUGCAUCAUGGACGCCGAAGUUCCUUACAUGUUACAUUCUUGUGAUGCUGAGUCCAACGGAUAACAUUUCGGUUUUUGGUGAUAUUGUGCAGCUAUCAUUUGAUUUUAUUUCUUCCUUUGUACCAAAUUUGCUAUGUACAUCUUCUGCAGAGUCACAUUUUGUUUAUUGUUUUCUUAUAAGCUUAUUCCUUCCA